GAUCCUUAUUGUCGACUUUUGGACAACCAAUAUAAUAGUCUCCAUGAUCCACAUUUAAGAGCAUACCAUUCACGUGAAGAUAUCCGGAGGAGAUUAAAGAAAGGAGGCUACAUCACCCGCAAUAAUGAAAUAUUUGGAUAUGAUAAGUAGGAAAUUAGACCACCAUGAGCGCACAGCAGAAGAGCAGCGCCCCCUCUGGAUGGAAAGAGAAGAAAAACGACAGUGGGAACAAACAAGAAGAAAACUUAACCUUCUUAGAAAAUUUGAAGAGGAAUGGAAGACAAAAGAGAUGUUGCUUCUGAAAGAGACUGUAGAAGAUGUUAAUAGAGAAGCUGGUAUAGAGGAACAACUGCACAGAAGCAAAGAGUCACAAGCAGGUAGAGUUAACUUUCACCUCUAA